AUGACCAGCUACACAAAGGAGCACCAAUACAGACCAAACUUCACACUAAACAACACCCCAAUCCGGCACACACACGAAACAAAAAUAUUAGAGGUCACCUACAACACCUCCAUUACCUUUGGCCCUCACAUCAACAACAUAGUGAACAACGCAAACAUCAGACUCAACUCACUUAGGGUCCUAGGUGGUACAAAAUUUGGCAAAGACAAAGAAACACUAGCACCCACAUACAAACAAUUCUUCAGAACAGUGCUGGCAUAUGCCAGCCCCGCCUGGGCGCCCGCACUAUCCAACACCAACAUACAGAAACUCCAAACACUACAAAACAAAGCACUUAGGCACAUGAACGCGGUCGUCCGUGCCGUUGUGGGUGUGGGCGUUCACUAUGGCGCUACAGUAUUCUUCAUUCGUCAUGGCUACAAAGGCAUGGUGGAUGGCGGGGACGACAUUUAUGAAGCCUCGUGGUCUUCCGUGUCCGGUAUCAUCCAUGAGGCUGGUACAAUGCUCGGAUCUUCGCGUUGCGAGGAGUUCAAACAACGCGAAGGUCGACUGAGGGCAGCCAUGAACCUCAUCGACAACGGCAUCACGAACCUGUGCGUUAUUGGUGGAGACGACUCCCUCACCGCCGCCGACAUCUUCAAGGACGACUGGCCCGGCCUCCUGCAAACCCUUGUCGAGAACGGUUUUAUCACUGAGGAACAAAAAUCAAAUCACUCGCAAUUGAACAUCGUUGGCGUGGUGAGCUCUAUCGACAGCGACUUCUGUGACACGGAGGAGACCCUCGGCACGAACUCUGCCCUGCACCGCAUUGUGGAGGCCAUCGAUGCGAUCGUCCCCACGGUCGAAAGUCACCAGCGAUGCGCCAUCAUCGAGGUCAUGGGACACAACUGUAGUUACCUGGCGAGGACUGCCGCCUUCACGUCCGAGGCCGUCUACUGUUUUACCCCAAAAUAUCCGCCACCGCAGAAUUGGGAAGACAAACUCUGCGAUAUGCUGCGGGAGGAGCGUGCGAUGGGCCAGCGUUUCCACAUCAUAAUAGUGGCUGAAGGCGCGAUCAACCUGCAAGGAAAGCCCAUCUCUGCCAAAGACAUCAAGGAGGUUAUCGACAACAAUUUGGGAUGGGACACGCUGAUCAACGUGCUUAGUCACGUGCAACGCGGCGGUCCUCCUUCCGCCAUCGAUAGGAUUAACGUGAGUCCUUGGUUGCAUCUUGGGGAACACGCAGUUCUAACGCUCAACGAGGCGACGCCUGAUUCAACCCCAUACGUGGUGGCUCUGGACGGCCAUCAGGAGAUAGUAUGCGUGCCUCUCAAGAGCAGGCACAGGAGGCUCCUCAAGAAGCAGGAUGUGGCGCAGGCCACGCACGAUCAUCAGCUGUUUCGAGAUGGGACAAGAGUAGUUGUCGAGAUGAGGGGACAAAACUCUGCUCGCAGCUGCCUCAAGCCUCCCAAAUCUUCUAAUGGAAAUGCAAGUUCUAUGCAAGGCGGCUACAAUCUGGCCGUGAUGCACGUGGGCGACCCCGCCUGCGGGAUGAACGCAGCGGUGCAGUCCUUUGUACGCCACAGCAUAUCCAAAGGCAACACUGUGUACGGCAUAUAUAACGGCUUCGAUGGCCUCGUCGAAGGAGACGUAAAAAUGAUGUCCUGGGCAGAGGUAACCGGUUGGAUCCGCAAGGGUGGCGCCUUUUUGAGAACCAACCGCUCUCUGCCGGUUAAGAAUCUCGAAUUGGUGGCAGCAAAGUUCCGGGAGUACAAGCUUCACGCAUUGUUGCUCAUCGGAGGUUUUGACGCGUACCAUAGCUUGGUACAGCUAUACGAAGCUCGGGGAAAAUAUCCCCAAUUCUGCAUCCCAAUGGUUGUGAUUCCUGCAACUAUCUGCAAUAACGUGCCAGGCUCCGACGUCAGCCUUGGCACUUACACUGCGCUCAACGAGAUUGUUGAGUUUUGUGAUCGCCUUCGGCGUUCAGCGAAGAGCAUGAAGAGGCCUGUGUUUGUGGUCGAGACCAUGGGUGGCUACUGCGGCUACCUCGCCACACUAGCGGGUAUAGCGGCGGGUGCUGAUGCAGCUUACAUAUAUGAGGAGCCUUGUGGCAUCCAGGAGCUGCAGCUGGACAUGUGCCAAAUGGUCGCCAAGAUGGCGCAGGGUGUGCAGAGCGGACUUGUGCUCCGCAGUGAUAGUGCAAACUGCACUACAGAUUUCAUAUACAGGGUGUUCUCCGAGGGAGGCAAAGGCAUCUUCAGCUGCAGACAUGAAAACAUUCCCGGCUACGUGCAGCAGGGCGACACCCCUAGCGUCUACGACCGCUACAUGGGGAGGAAGUUGGCUGCCAAAUCCGUCCGUUGGCUGAUGGACACCGUGGCCAAGUGGUAUCGCAAGCUAGAUGACACGGUCUACUGUGACGAUGCCAACACAGCUGUCGUUCUGAGUCUCCAGGGCAGGUUCACGCCCGUAUCAGAGCUAAAGCCCCUGACUGACUGGGAUCACCGACUCGUAAAGUCCCAGUGGUGGAUGCGCAUUCGUCCUCUGCUAAAAAUCCUAGCGACACAUGGGGCCGCCCACCAGGAGCCAGGCAUAAAGGCCGAAGAGGUCGAGUAGUAGUAGAGUAGUAGUAGUCGCUUUUUGUGUGGAACUCCGUUGUCAAGUGAGGGUUUGCUCUAUUUAGUUUAUAUCAAAUUAAUUUCGGCAUUGCAACGUAGUAUAUUUGCCCAUGCUUUUGUUUUAUUUUUACAGCUUCGACAAGGCUUCCCCAUAGCCUUCAAAUCUAGGUAAAAAUUUGCUCAAUACACGUUGCUCAAAAUAUCGUGUAUAGAUGACUAGCCAGAGAUCGAAUACGCUCUCCGUGAUUUUUAACAAGGAGCACUGGUAAUUGAUCGGUGUUGAAUUUAAAGCUGCAAUCGAUAGGCGUAUCUCCGCAAGUAGCUUCGUGCAGAGGAAGACUGUAUUUUUUUUCACACUGACCUGUAAAAAAAUAUGUUAACUUACAAAA